AAAGGUUGACCCCUAAAAACAGCCCCUAUUGGUUGACACUGAGUUGAUCGUUAUCGGAAAACUACAAGAUAUGGGCGUGUUCAUUGGGCAGUGAACGAGCUAUUGUUUGUGACUAUAUCUGUCCACACUGUUUUAGUUGAAGACGCGAACUGACAGAGACAAGACGUACCAGUCUCAUUCCCUGCUCAGAGUUGUGAAGAAAACGUGGCGAAGUAUGAAGACGUCGCUUGUCGUGUUUGUCGCCGUAGCCGUCAUGUUGCAUGUCACAUCGGGCAGCGAAGUGCAGUCGUCCGAGGAGCGGCUGAUCAUGGACCUGCUGGAGGGGUACAACACGGACCGCCGUCCCGUCAGGAACAUGUCAGACCCCGUCAACGUUACCAUUGACGUCGCCGUGGCGGAAUACCUACAUCUGGACGACAGGAAUCAUAUGCUCACAGUCAACCUCUGGAUGAGACUGUUUUGGACCGACCAGUUUUUGCAGUGGGAUCCAUCGAAGUACGACGGGGUUGACUUACUUCGAGUCCAGAGCAGCAACAUUUGGAAUCCGGACAUAGUUUUGUAUAACAGUGUGUUUGAGGAGGGAUAUGGGGAGACUCCCGACUUCAAGGCGACCAUCCGACCGGACGGUUCGGUAGCCUUCCUGUACCCCUUCACGUUCAAGGCCGCCUGUCGGGUCAAUAUCGUGUACUUCCCGGAGGACAGACAAGUCUGCCCGCUCAAGUUCGGCUCCUGGUCGUACGACGGACUUAAACUGGACCUCGUCAAUCGGUUCUCAAAGGGAGACAUAACCAACCUGGCUUCCAGUGAAGAGUGGAUCGUCACUGAUCUCAUGGCAGAGAGACACGUUCAUUACUACAACUGCUGCCCAGAACCCUAUCCUGACGUCACCUUUACCCUAGUGAUGAACCGAAUGCCGUUCUACUACCAGUACUACAUCUUCGUACCUGCCAGUGUGCUCAUGUUAAUCAGUUUGCUGGGUUUCCUGACACCGCCUGAGUCCGGGGAGAGAAUGACGAUGGUUCUGACCGCUCUGCUGGCUAACACGGUCAACAUGGAGGUGGUGGCCGGUCAGCUGCCCAAGACAUCAUCCUACGUGCCUAUUAUUGGAAAGUACUUCGGCGCAGUUUUGUUCGUGAACGCCUUGGCGAUCGCCAUGAACGUGGUGAUCCUGUGUCUCCACUUCGGCAGCUUCCGCGCGCAGCCUCCCCCGGCCUGGCUGAAGAGGCUGCUCCGCAUCGACACGCCGGCCGCAUGGGCAGACUGGUUCUUCUGGAGAUGUUUCCGUCGCCGUACCAUCAGCUUCCCUACUGACGCUUCUGGUGUGAUCCUGAACUCCUGUACCAUGACGGACAUGAUCGGGGACACGGUUCUGUCCGGCCGCAAAGGCAGGCUGACCCGGCCCUACAGCACGUCUGCUAUCGAGUCUACAUCCCUGAAAAAGCCCCUCAGCAACAACAGCGCCGUGGACCCCGUUCUUCGGGCCAAGAUGGACAUCAUCGUCAACAACCUGAAAGCCGCCAGAAUCAGCAGGGAAGAGAAGAAGAGGCACGAUGAGGCCAUGUACGCGUGGAGGGAGGUGGCCUCUCGUAUUGACAGGAUCUUCUUCGCCAUUUUUACUGUGGUCAUGAUCGUUGUGAACGCAGCGGUGUUCAGGCAGAUCUAG